UCGCAUCGACGAGUCGUAGCAUAGGCGCAGGCGCGCGUCCGAAGAUUUUCCGCGAAUCUGGCUUGACAUCUUCGGAAAUGUUCGACGUUGCAGCGCGGUAAAACGAGAGAGACGCACCGUAAAAUUGCUCGUAUACCACUGAUAUCGCAAUCAAACGAAACAGCCUGUUUUCGCGAUUCCGAUGCUUAUUUCGGUUAACAAAGCGCGGCAGACGUAUAAUUUUUAAACUCGAGCCUCUCGAUCAGAAGAGCGUCUGAGUAAACAAAAUUAUCGCGCUCUGCUAAUUCCGACGAGUAACGGACAACUGCUUCUCCUCUGGAUCAGUCGAAAAUUACAUCGUCAACAACAAGUAUCGCUAUCUCUCUAUUAUUACAUCGCUUAAAUUCGAAACGAUAAACAACCGCUCUCGCGCGCGCGCGUUCGAAAAAGUUCGAACGCGUAUACUUUACAUAUACUUCUCAGUGUGAUUUAUGCGCCGGUGCGCGCGAUGCAUCGAACGCUACAGCAGCAGAGUCAACGACUCGCGAGAUUUUUUUUCUUUUCAAGCCUGCGCUGUAUGCAUUAUGUAUAUGUACAUGAAAGUUGACCGAGGGUAUACGUCUCGAUCGCGUAAUUUUUCAAGCGCAAUUAUAAAUGUAUAAAAGAAUACGAUGUACGCUGCGCGUCGCGGUUACAUAUAAAGUUCCGCGGACUAUUCGAUUCGAUUAUUUUCGGACUAUAUACAUAAGGAGGCGCGAGAGCGCUUGGAUGUGUAUGAUUCUUAUGAUUAUAGCGGGCGUGAGAGAGCAGUUUGCAAAAGCGUUUGAAAAACAUUCGUCUUCGGCGUGUAAUUAUCGCUGGAUAAUAUCGUUAUAACCAGAGGUUCGCAACCUGUGCAACGACGUUUGAUGGAUGGACGCGCUAAAUUGCUCUUGUACUUUAUCGGGAUAUUUAUGGAAACAAUUCGGGACGAUUGUACCAUUUGAAUUUUCCGCACUUUGCGAGCGUCGAUCGAUAAAGCAGGGUUCUAUAUUACAAUACUUCCAGUGUUUUGGUUAUAACCUCUAUAAAGCACAACAAAACGAGUUACGACAGAUCAGUUAGUUUUUCAUUUGAGAUUUUGAAAACAUUAACCGAUUGGUAUUGAGAAUGAAGAGCGAGAACAAGCGCAAACUGCGUAAAAGGAGAAAAGCAAAAAGGAAAUUGGGCUUCGAGCUUCCACAUCUGAAGCCGCAAAUGGCAAUUUUGACUCCAGACAAUGUAACUUGAAUCUAAAGGAAACAAAAAGCAUUAGUAAUUUACAGGACACGCGUAUCCAGACUUCUUCAAAUACUCUACACCAAGACCAACUUUACAAUCUCUUUACAGAACUGCAGAUGCAUCAGAGGUUAGAAGUGAUAGGUUUGAUUGGGAAGCGACAAGUGGAAAUCAGAGUAUUCAGAUGACCAAACGAAAGUCACUUUAGAAUAAAUUAAAACUUGGUAGCAGAGAAUACACGAGCACAAGAAUUAAAAAUUAAGUAAAAAAAUUGCAUCCAGUCUGGAAAUCUAUAAUUUUGAGAACCAAACCACACAAUCCAAUCAGAGGAAGAACAAGCAAAACGGCAGCAAGCGAAGCAUCCUAAACAACGCGGCCUACAGCAUCUUCCAGUCGAGCGAGAACAGCAGCUCGCGAAAUGCGGCUCCUGGUAGCAACGGCAGCCGGCGAGUGAACUACAGCAGCAACAGUAGCAGCAGCUUUCUACAGCGCAGCGUUUCCGCUGACAAUGUUGUAGUGCGACAGCGCGGCUUCAAACCCUCGGACAGACACGAUCCAGCCAAGCGCAAUUUCCUCGAGAGCCUCACCUCCAAAAUACUCCACUUCGACAUGGAGAGCGGACACUCGACUCCGAUCGACUUGCAGAAGCUGCUCACCCCGGCGUCCGACUCGAACGAGCUGCUGCACGUGAAAAACAAAAAAAUGUACGCCUCGUCGUACUUUUACGCGCCGACUCACCCGACGGUGGAGGACCAGGUGGAGCUGGCGCGCCGUAUCUCGAAUUCCCUGAGCGACGUGAAGAACGUGAAGAGCAAGGGCCAGUCGAUGUACGUCAAUAGGAAGAAGCGCUCGGUCAAAUGGAUUCACGACGGUAACGGUGCGGAAGACGAAGAGGAGCCUUCGUCUCCAGUGCACAAGGAUAAAGUGCCGCUGAAAUGCAUGAUGAAUCCAAGCGGCAAAGUCUUGGACAUCCAUGGCAUCCAGGCGCUAGGCGAGGAACCAAACAUCCCCUCGACACCCCCGCAUCCCGAGCGGCUCUUCGACAUCGUUCGGGACCUCAACGCUCAGAAGGGUCGCGGUGCUGAGAUAUUUGCAAAGCGCAGGAAAAGAUCGGAAAAGUGGGUGGUCGACACGGAGCAGCCACAGUCGCCAAGCAGUUUCGGUUACGGAAAGGCGCCGAUCUAUCCGACGAAACAGGAGCUCGGCGUCAACGAAAACACGAAAUUCGACAACAAGCCCUACUACAAUCCAUUCACUGUCGAUAUUUCCAUGGACUACUCGACCCCACCCGCAACCAGCUGUGGUCACCUGCAGCAUCAGCACCAGUGCUCGCGCGCGAGCUUCAGCAGCGCACACUCCGACUGCGGUGUCAUCCCUCCCUGCCACACAGAGAUCAAGAAGAUCUACCUGCGCGAAGUGGCAGUUGGUACCGACGAGGCUGCCAACAACAAGAUGGAGAAGUCGCGUCGUAUGAGCUUCGACGGAUCCUCGGCUCGAGGUCAGAGGUCGUGCAAUUCCAGUGUGAGCAAUGGCUACAGUCGAAGCAGCAGGGGAAGCAAGAACGGCGGGUAUCAUCAGCAUCCAGGGUACCAAGGUUACCAGCCCAGGAGUAACGGCUACAACGGUCAUCACCAUCACCAUCAUCAGCACAAUGGACACAGUCACCAUCAUCACAACGGGCACAACGGAUACAACGGGAACGCGUACCAUCAGCAGAUAGCACCGGCCAACACUCUGUAUCCUGCUUAUCAGAAUGGUAACGGGUACCAGAACGGCAAUGGGUACCAGAAUGGCAACGGGUAUCAGAACGGCAAUGGGUACCAGAAUGGAAACGGAUACCAGAAUGGCAAUGGGUACCAGAAUGGAAACGGUUAUCAGAACGGAAACGGGUAUGAGCAACAGCCACAGCCAAAUGCCUGCGCCGAGGAGGCAGAUGAGACUCCACAGGAGGAUUACACGCCGGUACCAGUAAAACAGCUGAUUCAAGAGUUCGAGAAGACCUGUCGACCGGUCAUGCAGUACAAGCAGUACUGCCCAAAAGUGGCCCAACAACCAGUCAACAACAACGGCGACAUAUCGCGCUACUUCGAGUCCCGACGAGAAGUCAUCUACCACAACAACCAGCAGCCACAGCGGAACCAGUACAGGUCCGGCAACAACAACGGCUAUGCCAGUUCUGGUGACGACGAGGACGACGACGAGGACGACGACGAAGAUGACGAUGGUUCCCUGGACGACUCGCUGUCCCCUGUCGACUUCUACCGGAUCGACGACAGGAGAUUGAUCAGCCAGACGGUCAGCAAUGGCGGCAACAGGUCCUCAUCCAUGAGCACACUGGACGAGUACUACCGAAGACAGUUGAUGCAACAGCACCAGCAGCAGUUGGAGGACGGGAAAAAGUUUGUCGAUUCGGAGGCAGAAGUGCCCAUGGAAGCAAGAGCCGCGGCUCUGGCUGCGGUGGUAGCACAGGACGAGCUGCUCAAACACAAGAAGCACCUGAGGAACACACCUGUGUUGGAGAACCUGGUGGCCGGUACCACGACGCCCGAGUGCUUCAAGAAGGAGUUUACCGAGGAAGUAGCGACGAAACUAUACGAGAACACAUAUCACGGGCCGAAAAUCUCGAGCUACCAGAACCUGACCAACUACAACACGGCACCCCGAGGAUGGGACCAGUCGCAGCCGAUUUACCGGCCAGUCAAGUUCGAGAAGCCUCAGGACAACAAAAUUGUCUACUCGGACUUCUAGUGAUAGGCUUACAGAUAUUCCUCCCGCUAUAAAGAAAAACAAAAAAAAAUUUCAAACAAAGCUUCCGCCCUCUUUCGAUUAUGAAUCACAAGUCAUACGCACAUAUAAUCAUCGUAUCAUCACACUACGUCUUCCGAAAAGCAGCAGCCAUUGCGUCGAGAAUGUAAUAUGAUCAUAAUCAGCUACUUCGCCAUUACACAUAAAUGAAAGCUUUCGACGAACGAGGUGACACGGAAGCGCCAGAUACAUCUGCAAUUGUCCAAGAUAACAAUCUAAAUUUGAAAAAUCUCAAAAAUCAAGCAGACGAAAGUUCUGAGGCAAAGAUUCUGAAACACACGAGAUGAAGAACCAAGACAAUAAAAAUUGUUGAAAAAUCUUGAUGUAGUCUCGUCGAUCGAAGACUCCAAUCGCGUGUAUAUUUUUCGUUGUCGUUGCAUGUACUCCAUCCAAAAUCUCGGAGUUCGAUCGACCAUUUGUACACGUCGAAUAAAAAAUCGUUAUCGAUCGCUUUUUGCUGCUGUUCUCGCAUUUUCUUCAAAGCUUUCACGCACACGCGCUUGUGAAGAUGUAUGAAAAGAAGGACACUUCCUCCUUAAAUAUACGUAAUAUGUAGUGCAUUGUACGUGCACUCACGCCGUCACCAUUGGAAUGUGCCGAUUUAUCUUACAUUACUGUAAUUUAUACGCGAUAAUUUAUUGAAAAGAGCUAUAUAAUGAGAUGAAGUUUAAUACUUAUAGAGUAUAUAAUAUAUAUUUUGCGGAGAGUAAAUAUUGAUUAUACGGAUACGUGGAUUUUUUCGCGAGAAGUAUAAUAGCUGUUAUCGGCGAUUCGAUACACACGCGCGAUCACGAAACAAACAGAUAUCAUUGUUGUGUCUUGUUAUUAAUUUUGUAUAAGGUUGUCGAUUAAUUUUUAAUUGUUACGAUUCGUUUUCUUUUCUCUCUCUUUCUCUCUCUCUCUCUCUCUCUCUCUCUCUCUCUCUCUCUCUCUCUCUCUCUCUCUCUCUCUCUUACUUCGUUUAUUGAAAAGGUGAUAAAAUCGCUGUACGGAUACGUAUCAAUUAAUGAAAAAUACAUGUAUCAUUGACCUAAGUAUAAAUUGUGACGCAAAUGUCCGUCAAAAUGUGUUAUAAUAAAGAUACAUUUCUCUCAAUGUU